ACGUGACAUAUUAUGAUUGGUGUUUGGAUUUAAUGGGAACAAAAAUUUUUGGGGUCAUUUUUCGACCAAAGACAUAACACACUCGACUUUUCUUCUCAUCACCGUAGUCGACGAAAUCGCCGACUGGAAAUUCAUCGACGAAAUCGCCGACUGGAAAUUCGUCGGCCAAUACCCAGAACACCUCUCCAUCUCUUCUCAUCCUCCAGAUUUCAUUCUGUUUCUCUCCUACCCAACAAGUGAUCCAAUUCCCUCGCGCUUCGUUGUUCCAACAAUGGCGAUAACAUCUCAUCCGAAAAAGACACCCCAAUCGAACCCAGCAGAAGUAAGAGGCUCCCGGGAUAACUUUUUCUUUGCGGGUAUUGAUAACUGCAGAGUUGUGACAGACAUGAGACUGAUGUUUCAUCAGGACACAGAUUUUAGAGAGGCACACUCGUCAUGAGGAUGACUCUUCUCAAGUUCCAGAAACGGUUCGGGCUUGCUAAGAUGGAAGGUAAAGCUUAUGUGGGUGGCGUUUUGGUGUGCGAAGGCGAGUUCAAGAUGGUUUCUACAGUUGAGAGAUUCCAUUGGAUUUUGGAAAGUUUAUGUGCUUCUGAUGGUGAGACCUACUACUCUCGCAACUUCGUCGUCGCCGGUUGCAACUGGCGUCUUAAAGCUUAUGUCAGUGAAGAAGAUGGUAAUGAUGAUGAAUACUUAGCCCUAUAUCUGGAACUUGCUCCUGGAUCUCCACCACCAGGAUGGAAAAGACAAGUGCGAGCUACCUUCACUCUUGUGGAUAAUUAUGAAUUCAUGAACAAAGUACGAGGACAGGAAUGAUGUUUCCAUGUAGAGAGUAACAGUUGGGGUUUUUCUAAGAGCAUGUCCAUUAGUGAACCCCUCUUUGAUUUCGGGGUUCACCAAAAUAAAAUAAGAUUCUUUUUUGGUUUUGAAUUUAUUGAAAAACUUGUGCUAUAUUUUGUGUUCCAUUGGUGAACUCAAAGAGAGAUUCAUCAAAAUGUGAAUAUGCACUCUCAGAAAUGUGAUAUAGACAUCAAUUCAGGGGACAACAUAUAUUUCCAUUUCACAAGUUUAAGAUGACUGUCCUCAAUACCCUGAGCAAAUUCAAGAUUGAUAUGCUUCACUUGACGAUAUCUUGACUACAAAAUUGGAAGCACGGUGAGUCACUUCUGCUCAAACAUUCCCAACACUCACAACAAGAUAUAAAUCCCAUGAAUUCCAGCACAAUUAAGUAUCAAAGUUUGAGUUUUCACUAACCAAGGACAUAGCAG